AGCAAAGCACUGGGAAGUGUUUUCAACUCAAUGUGUUAGCAGUGCUGUUUAUUUUUUUAUUUCUUUUUUUUUUUUUUUACUUUGCUGCUCGUUUUCUGAAUGCUCGCCGCAUUUUUUAACAAAAAGACCAAGCGUCGUCCUCUUACCUACGAAGAAAAAGAAACCAAAGAACGCAACUUCAUAACUUGUUAGCUAGCAUUGUUUGCUAGCUACUAUUGGCUACAUCUAUCCAGUCUGCUAAUAAUCAAGUGCAUCUAACUGAGUAUGGCUGAAAACGCAAACAGUGCAGCGGGUCUUCCUCCAGGAGAUCCUCAGCUAAUCGCACUAAUCGUGGAACAUCUGAAGAACCGAGGUCUUUUCGACGAGUUCAGAAGGGACUGCCUGGCAGACGUGGACACCAAGCCAGCUUAUCAGAAUUUGCGGCAGAAGGUGGACAACUUCGUAGCCAAUCACCUGAGCACGCAGGAGUGGAGUCCCUCCAUCAACAAGAACCAAGUGCGCAAUGGUCUGCGACAGAGCGUAGUACAGUCCGGAAUGUUGGAAUCUGGUGUGGACCGAAUUAUAACUCAGGUGGUGGAUCCUAAGCUGAACCAUAUUUUCCGGCCACACAUUGAGAAAGCUAUCCAUGAAUUCCUGGCCUCAGAGAAGAAAGAAGAAGGAGUGUUGAAUUCAUCAACUGAGACGGAGCAGCAGGAUGCUGCCAGCAACGCCACCACAGCAAAGGCACAAUAAGUAUCGUUUCAGCCCUGUUUCACACAGGUUUCAUAAUUUAGGUGCCAUGUGAUGCCAGCUGUGCUUCUUGGGGAUCAUGACGGCCCGGAGCGUCAGGGUCACUGGCUGAGGAAUUGCACCCAAACUGGAAUUACACUUUGUGUGGGAACAUGCUCAGAUUGAGCUGGACAGACCUUGUGUGUUUGCGUAUGUAAAGCAUAAGAGAAGGAAAUGAUCUUUGGCCUAUGCACCAUAUGUGUGUGUGUGUGUGAAAUCAUCCAUAAAAUUGGCAUGGGUGAAAGAAGAAUGGAAUAUCUUGUUUAAAUGAUGUCAUGUAAAUGAAUAGUUUUUGUGAUGAGGAAUCUGAACACAAUCUGACAUUUCACAUUUGUGAAAUGCUUCCUUUUUUCGCUUGUAACAGGGUACACAGGGACAUGCUUCUACGAAUAAAUAUUACAUACUGGGAA